CGGCAUCCUCCACCGGGAGGCAGCAGAGGAGUCGAUUGCGCGACCCUGCCCAUGACCAAUCUUCCAAUUCAUCUCUGGUGUAGAUAGUACAAUAUACGUGACAUUUUAUUACGUACUGAGUGAAGGAGUUUGAUUUCUAAUAAACAAAAGCAUAUUAAGCAAUUAUGGAUGGAAGUGGUUUUAAAUUGUUGAAAAAACCAAACCCGUAUCCUCAGGGAAUGCGAUGUCAAAAAUGUUUGGAAAUGGGUCACUGGAGUUAUGAAUGUAAAGGAAAAAGAAAAUACAUACACCGAACAUCCCGUACUGCACAUUUGAAAAAGGUCAUAAAAGAACAAGCCGAAAAUAAAAUAGAUCAAUGCAAAGUUGAACACACAAAGCCAGUAAAGAAGAAGAUAAAGGAAGAUUUAAGUUCUAGCGAUUCAUCCUCAUCAAGCAGUAAUAGCGGCAGUUCGGACAGCUCUGAUAGUACUUCUUCCGACAGUGAAUCAGAUUCCAGUGACAGCGUAUCUAGUAGCACAACUAGCACUUCAUCUAGUAGCAUAAGAAAACACAAGAAAUGACACCUAGAUACAUUUUUUAUUUAACCAUACAAUAUCUUUCAAGAUAGUUUUAUUUUAUUUCAAAAAUAUUUUAAAUCGUGUUUGAAAUGUAAUAUGUAUAUUUUUUUAUUUUUAACUCAUUACAUCUCAUCUAGAAACAUGUGAAACAGUAAAAUUAACUGUUAAAUUUAUGAAACACAUUCCAACUUAAUUCUUGUGACAUGGCAACGAUGUAUAUAGAAUUCGAUUAAAUGUAAGUCUCACCUACAUUAGUUUAAGUCAUUAAUCAUGUUGUAUAAAAAGUAAAAAUGUAUUUCAUCACUUAUUCGUAAUACACUUACAAUAUCGUUAAAGCUACAAAUUUCAUAUCAAAACAUGUCGGUACUGAUAAAAAUUGAAAAAAACUAAUUAAAAAUAUUACAUCGUACAUUUCUACACUUCACAUACACGUACAAAAAGUUCUUACAAGUAUUUUAUAAGCUUAUGGAAAGUGUAAAUUAAUAGUACUUAUAAUACUCAUAGGCACAGAUGAAUUUGAUUUUCAAGGCAACAAGUAGCGUCGUACACAUUUGUAAAGAUCGUUA